ACGUCAGCAGACCACGUCAUCAGGCUACGUCAGCAGGACACGUCAGCAUUGCCACGUCAGCAGCAAGGGAUACCACAUCAGCAGGCACCGGUCUGGUCUAUGCUGUUUCGUUCACAGACAGCAGUCAUGGACCAGAAGGCCGGGGAAACAGACAAGGCCUAUCAGGCCCGUAUGUUAGCCUGGAGUACUAAGACAAAGAAGCGGGCAGAUGACGCUGCCUCAGCAGCCAAGAAAAGGGCAGAGGAUGCCGAACAGGCACGUCUGCUUGUCGUGCAACAACAGCGCCAGCACGAUGAGGCAGCAGCAAGGGCUGCCGAUGAAGAAAGAACACAGCGUCGUGAGAAGAUAUUCACCGGAGAGCGGGCGUUACUUACCAUGGCAGCAGAAUGGCGAAGCGAGGCCGAGAACAGCCAGUUGGAGGACAGCGCAAACAAGAUAGCGCUUCUCCUCUCGCAUCUCACGGAUCUCCUGGCAACCUGCAUUACACAGCAGGCGGAGAUCCUUGGUCUCGACAACUCGGUAGCUCAGCUCCAAGACCGCCUUCAGCGGGUGGAGCAGCGACCAGUCGCGGCCGCCGAUGCAGGCUCUUACUGCCGACCGCCUCACCGCAUUGGACACGCACGUCGACUCCCUCCAGGACGGCGCACAGUUACAGCAGACCGCGACGCAACAAUUGCAGCAGCGGAUCUGCACUACCGCCACCACCUCGACUCCACAACGUCAAGGAAAACAAGCACCACGCCUACUUGUACUCUCGCUCAGGCGUGGUUGGAGAACUUGUUGUCCAAGUACGGAGUGGUAGCAGCGGACUUGCACACCAUGAUCACCUGGGAUGAUCUGAAGGCGGCGUGGCACAUGCGGUUCCAGGUGGAGCCGCCAGAGAUCAAAGCCAUGGACAAGCUCAUGGUCUUCGAGCAAGGCACGCUGCCGAGGUCGGACUGGAUCGCCGAGUACCAAUGCUUGACGUCAGUCCCAGACAUCCAGAUGAGCUUCAAGGCCAUCCGCCACUACUUCAUCUCAAGUUCAUACGCAGGUUUGCCCAUUGAAAGGCAAGGGCAAUUAGGGAAACUGAGCACCGCCGAGAGUGACGUGAAGACACUCUCGACGCCUUCGGAACUGGUUUCUUCGCGAGUGACCAGCCUUCAUUCCGAGGCGCACGCGGAAGUCGACAGUCCUCCGCUUCUAUUUUCCUUUGAGGACUACGCUGCCCGGCUCGUUCCAACGCUGGGUACUCAAGCUCAAGGACAAGGAGUGUGUGCGGUUUCUUCUCCGUCCGGCAACAACAACAUAUCGUCUUCAAGUGGUUCAUCACGGGAUUCAGCGCGCGAGUUCAAGAUAGAGGUUUUGGACCCGCUCACGUCUGAGGACUUUGCAUGGCUUCCUCUCCCGACCACAGGCUGUUUGCCGGGACCGCAAUGCGCAGCACUAUGCGCUCAUCUCCACACUUACCUUUCCUUCUAUGCACCACCAACUUCGCCGGCGGAUGACGAAGUCGCGGUGGGGGACAUCUUGGCGUACGUUACCAAGGUGGCCCGCGAGUUUUGCACGCAGCGGUACGAUAACAACAAUGCACCGCUCAUGUAUGUCCGCAUCCAGGUUGGGCAAGCGUCCUGCAGCGCUUUGCUGGAUAGCGGCGCGACUCGCAACUUCAUAAGUCAGUCUUUUAUGCAAAGAGUUGGCCUUGGCGCACAAGUUCGGAGGAAGGCAAACCAGACGGCGAUCAAGUUGGCGGAUGGUAAGACGCAACAACUUCUUGACCGUUACAUCGAGGCCGUACCGGUCUACUUCGCACCUCAUGCAUGCGAACCGGUAACAUUCGAUAUUCUCGACACGGACUUCGACAUCAUUCUGGGAAUGCCUUGGCUCGCGAGUGCAGAUCACACGGUCAACUUCCAUCGGCGGACUCUUAGCGUUCGCGACGCCUUCGGCGCAGAAGUGGCGUGUACUAUUCCUCUACCGCACUCUUCAAUCCGGUGCCAAGUGGUGACGGCCAAAUCAUUCCGGGAAACUUGUGCUUACGAGCAGCCCGAGGAGAUCGGCAUAUGUUUCGUACGGACCGUCACGGUAGCCGACUCUUCACCCACGGACUUGCCUUCGGACCCCCGUGUGGUAGGGUUGCUGGACGAGUUCGCCGACAUCUUCGAGUCACCUACCGGUGUGCUGAACGAUCGCUACAAAACCGCAUUCAAGACGCGGUACGGGCAUUUUGAGUGGGUGGUCAUGCCUUUUGGCCUCACCAACGCCCCGGCGACGUUCCAGGCGGCGAUGACCAAUGAGUUCCGUGCAAUGUUGGACCGGUUCGUGCUGGUCUACUUAGACGAUAUUCUCGUCUACAGCCGGACAUUGGAGGAUCAUCUUGGACAUCUUCGACGAGUGUUGGAGACGCUCCGCCGUGCCAAGUACAAGGCCAACCGCGACAAGUGCGAAUUUGUCCGGCAAGAGCUGGAAUACUUGGGCCAUUUUGUCACACCGGAGGGCAUCAGUCCGCUAUCGGACAAGAUUCAGGCCGUCCAAGAGUGGCCGAAGCCUCAGAACGUCACGGAUGUCCGCUCGUUCCUCGGUCUUACUGGCUAUUAUCAGCGCUUCAUCAAAGGCUACUCCAAGAUCGCGGCCCACUUGAACAAGCUUCAGUGCGAGGAUCGGCUGUUUGACUUUGGAGAGGAGGCGCGAGGAUCAUUCUUCGCUCUCAAAGCCGCGCUAUUGUCUGCGGAGGUCUUGCGGAUAUACGACCCGCUCGCACCUACACGUGUCACUACGGAUGCGUCAGGCUAUGGCAUUGGUGCAGUCCUCGAGCAACAUGAUGGUGUGGACUGGCACCCGGUCGAGUACUUCAGCAAGAAAGUGUCACUCAUUAGUGUCAAGCUUGAGCCAGUGGAAGUAAACUAUGCUGAAACAAGAUAUGAGGAGAAGAGAGGGAAGCAGGAGAACACACUGUCAAUCAAUGUCGGAAGGAAGACUCUAUUCUUGUACAAGAUGCCUGAGAAAGAGAACAGUGAUGCACCGAUCAGCAGCCCUAUCGAGCUGGCGUUCCAAGAUCAAUAUGGCAGUAUUCAGUGUCAUAAAUGGUUCGGAGAGGGUUACAUCAUGGUCGGAUUCAGUACAGGCUCCCUGGUCGUCAUCUCAACACACAACAAGGAACUAAGUGAGGAGGUGCACUCCGGGCGUCAGCACAAGGUGUGUGUUUGGGUCUACAUCAUUUCUCUUGGUAAUAUUGACGUGAACGUCCGCGACACGCGGGCAGGGGUAGCGCCAGCAGUGAAGAUCGACGACGAGAUGCAAUACGCAGCGCAGCACUCCGGGCGAGGGAUGGAGAUGGAAGGGGAGCUACAACGUGAAGCACUUCGAUUACAGGAUAAGCUCUUUUAUAAUGAAGACGAACUCUCGCUUACAGAAGAUUCUGAAGGUGAGCAAGACGAUGAUCGCGAAGCACGAGGGAUGGAGAUGGACGAGGAGCUACAGCGUGAAGCACUUCGACUACAGGAUAAGCUCUACCAUAAGGAAGACGGAGUCUCGCUUACAGAAGAUUCUGAAGGUGAGCAAGAUGGUGAUCGCGAUGUUCCUUGCUAUUAUACAAAUAUCUGCGCUAUAGGUGAGAUCUGGGAUUCUGGAAGAGGGAUGAGUUGUGCCGUUGCUGUGAUUGGGGAUGGAGAGAGGGAAUAUGCCGCUGAUGACGCUGGUAAGUGGGAGGUUGGGGAUGAGUGUGUAGAUGGCAAUGAAGAGGGGGAAUAUGCCACUGAUGAUGUGGCUGAGUGGGAUGGGGAGUGGGGACUACUGGCAAUGGUGGAAAUGGCGGCAGCGGCAGCGGCGACGACAACAGUAACAACAACAACUUCAACAACAAUGAUAAUGGAGGUGGAGCAGAGGUUGGAAGAAGGGAGGCAAGGAAUGGGCGGGAUUGGCCAGACGGGCGGGACGGUUGGCAACAACAAUGACAGUAACAUCAUUGACAACAAUAACAAUAGUAACUUCAACAACAGCGGUGUGCGGCGAACGGGCGAACUGGGUGGGAUAAGCGUGAAGGAGGAUAACAACAACAACAACAACAACAACAACAACAACAACAACAACAACAACAACAACAACAACAACAACGGCGACACCAACGCAGUAUUGACAGUGAGCACAGAAGACGGAGACGUUCACAGUUUUCUGGCCAGCCUUCCAGUGGUCAACCAUUCGUGUGAGACGAGGAUGGUGUACCUUACUUCACUUCUUGAGGUCUCUGUGAUCGACGUAGUUGGGCAGGAACUUCCCAUCAAGUUCGAAAUCGCGACCGAGCCAGCGUUUUGUGCACUUGGUCCUCUUCAUGUGGCCAUUGGCAUGAACAAUAAGGCUUGGUUUUAUCGGAUUGGCCCGGACAGCCCACAAAAUGGAACCAGACUGGAGCAGCAAAAGGACUAUUUGGGAGCCGUUGAGGAGAUACGAUUGAACCGGCGGUACGCUGCAGUUCUCUCAGAGGGAAGAGUGGAAUUGCAUCCGAUUGGCCUCUACAAGGGCGAUCUCCCGUUGAAUCCUCCCAAUAAGAAGGAGGGAGCCGAAGAAGGAAAAUUCACAAGAAGCUUUAAGUUAGAUGACGUCGAAUCGAAGUACUUUCCAGAGAAAGGUGUAGCAAACGAUGUGACUUGCGUUGCUUUGACUCACUCGCUGCUCAUAUAUGGCACAAAGAGGGGGACUAUCCACUACCAUUACCUGGACGAUGGGACAGGAACUAAUGUGGUCAGUGAGUAUCGUCAUCUGGAAGGUGGUAUCAAGAGGGUGAUCCAGAGUGCGAACAGCGUCAAGGUGGCCGCUCCCAAGGAGGAGGAGGCCYGUCCUCGCAGGGAGCCAGUCAAAGUCAAAUUCCCUGAUUCCUAYARYGGGAAAAGGGAAGAGAACUUUGACAAUUGGGAGGCCAAUGUUAAGACGUAUGUGCAUUUGCAACAGGUCUCCCCGGAUCAACAGGUCUUAAUUGCGAUCCAUGCACUUAGAGACGAGGCCGCCAAUUUCGCGAGAUCCCUUGUUCGUGCUGCCAACUGUAGUGACGAUCGAGUUGCGUACUCCUCGUUUACGUCCCUCAUUGAAUUCUUGAAGCUGCUGCGCGAGCGAUUCGCCGAUGUUGCCCGUAGUGUCAAAGCCUCAGAUAGGCUUCAGACAAUACACUCGCGCCAAUGGAAGAGUGCAAGGGCACUCAAAGGCACAAUGGAUGAGUUGGUGGCUGUUCCUGACCACAAGGUCACGGAAACCCAGUUGGUCAACCUUUUCUACCGGGCUAUGCCCGAAACGCUGCGUGGUCACUUCUUUGACAAGAGUCAAGACCCUGCUAUGACUUAUGAUAUACUUAGCAGGGAAGUGCUCGCGCUCGAGGCGAAGUCUGCGUCGAUUUCCACCUUCUGGCACAAAGAUUUAGACGAGGGCAAAAAGUGGAAGGGCCGCACUAUCUCAGGGCAAGUCAAGACCAAGGAUAGCCUUGUGCUCACUUUAGAUGAGGGUAGUGUGGACGAGAUCCCCUACGACCAGAUUGGAUGGGGGUUCGAGGAGGAGGACAGUAGUGUGGGCCAGGGGAGGACUUACGCUGCUGUCGCGGCUAGAGGGAGGCCGCAAGGAGGACGAGGCCAAGGCCAAGGGGGCCGGGCCUCAGGGAGCCGGUUCCAGGGCGAUCAGGGGGUUGGCGGCAGAGGAGGGAACCGCCAAGCGGGAGGUAGGGGUCAAGGUCCCCCGCAAAACCGUCCUAGGAACAGGUCUCCCUAUAGAGUAGCAGGAUGGCACCCAGGGCUACCUCAGGAGGGAGUUCAGGCGUAUUUCCGCCUAGAGAAAGAUGGGAAGGUGGAGAAGGUCCUCCACUCCCUGACUCUCCUCGUAGAGGACAGCCUCCCGUUUGAUAUAGUACUGGGAAUGGAUUGGGGAGAAUCAGUCGGGGCAACGCUCCAUCUGAAGGAACACGAGUGUAGACUCCCUAGUUCUGCAGGCGAGGCUAAGACUGCCUGCCUGUUUCAUGUGUCAGGAGUAGAGAAUUCCUUGGCACAUUGCUGCCUUAGUGCCCCUGCGUUCGCCAAAUUGGUGAAGAAGGAGAAAUUAGAGGAACAGGUCUUUAUUGCCUAUGUUAGGCCCGUCACUGAGCCUACGGAAGAGAAGCCGAUGGACCCUGCGAUUGCCAAGCUGCUGGAGGAGUUUAAGGAUUUGACUGAGCCGCCGACAGGCACGGUGCCACGGCCCAUCCAGCACCGUAUCGAGAUAGAGCCUGGCAGUAGAACUCCUAAGGGUGCUGUGUAUAGGAUGUCCCCGUGGGAGUUAGAGGAGCUUCGCAAGCAAUUAGACGAGCUCCUCCAGAAGGGUUGGAUUAGGCCCAGUUCGUCUCCUUUCCGAGCGCCUGUUCUCUUUGUUCCUAAGAAAGAGGGAGAGCUGAGAAUGUGCAUAGACUAUAGGGGUCUAAAUGCUAUUACAGUAAAGAAUGUUGAGCCACUACCUAGGAUCGACGAUCUCUUAGAUCGAGUGCAGGGGGCUAAGUAUUUCUCUACGAUAGACUUAAAGUCCGGAUAUCAUCAGAUAGAGGUACACCCUGAUGAUCAGUAUAAGACAGCCUUCCGGACUAGGUACGGGCAUUGUGAGUUUAUAGUGAUGCCCUUUGGACUAACCAAUGCGCCAGCAACUUUUCAGCGGUGUAUGAAUGAUUUGUUUAGGCCGUGGUUAGACAAAUUCGUUGUAGUAUAUCUAGAUGACAUCCUAGUGUUUAGCCGGACCCUCGAAGAGCAUCAGGGUCAUCUCAGGCAAGUCUUGGAGAAGCUAAGAGAAGUUAACUUCAAGAUCAAUGCAAAGAAGUGCGAUUGGGCGAAGACCCAAGUUUUGUCUCUAGGCCACGUCUUAGACGGAGAUGGCAUUAAGCCAGAAGAUAGCAAGAUCGCAGCGAUUAGAGAUUGGCCCACGCCACGUACGCUGACAGAGUUGCGCUCGUUCUUGGGCUUAGCGAAUUACUACAGGAAGUUCGUAAGGAACUUCUUCACCAUCGCUGCGCCCCUUCACAGAUUGCUGAGAAAAGAGACAAUCUGGAAGCGGGACAAGGACUGCACGUCCGCCAUGAAGAAGCUAAAGCAGGCGUUGAUAGAGUAUCCGGUCCUUAAGGUCGCCGAGCCGUCCUUGCCUUUUGUUGUUACUACGGAUGCUAGCCAGUACGACAUAGGCGCAGUGUUACAGUUAUGGCCAAAUGCGCUAGGGACACGGGUUGUGUUUGAAGACGAUCGACAUCAGAUUCAUCUGCAUAAUCCAGUGAAUGAUCAGAUCAUGCUUGUGCCGGAGUUCUCAGGGACACCAGAGAUGAUCCUGUGGGACGUGUUUGAUGGCCACGUCUUUGUGCUGGUGGACCCUAAAGAUUUCUCUGUCUUUAUUGUAUGCCCCGCGACUGUGGCUGGUGCCAGCAUAACACUUCUUGGGAAAUCUCCAAGGCCGCUCGGUUUCCAUCCGGUUGUGAUAUUUCAUGGUAUAAUUACCUGCCAGCUGAAGAGUGGCUCCUUGGAGAAUGUGACCUUGUCUACACAUUCAAGUCUGCAGGUGUUCUUCCGUCGCCAGCUUCAGAGUAUGUACUCCGCUUCGCUGCUCGACUAUCCCCUCUUACUUUUCGUUCGCGAUCAUGCGGACGGUUAAAGCGCUGUCGUUGUCAAUGGCGCCGCUCGGCUAUGGUGACAGAGCCUGGCCCGUCAGGGGUGAUAUAUUCUUCUGUCUCGGCAAGCGGGUGGCUUAGCUGAUUCGGUUGCUGCUUCCUCCAGCACGGCGGAAAGAGAAGAGGGAGGGAGUCUUUUUCGACCUUUGUGGUUUUGUUUGUGGUUUUGCUUGUGUUGUUCGUCUGUGUGUUCUUCACUUGUGCAGGUACACCUACCUGAUCGAGGGACCACGUCGCCGCCUUUUGACUCG